AUGUCCAGCAGCAAUUUCAACGAGAUGAACGGACUGAAUAUUACUCAAACGCAUCAUGGAAACACAAAAUAUACCGCUCAGGACCACCAAGGCGUAGUCAACGCUAUCAUCUCCUCGCUUACGGUCCCAGAUCAACCUACUACUGUGUCAUUACAAUACUCCAAUGACAAGAACAUGGCUACGGAGAUUCAAGCCUAUGCUAAACUAUCCGGGCCUAACUGGACCUAUUAUGUGAAAGAUUUAGAGGUUUCCAUCGGCAGAAACACUGAACCCCUCAACAACCCUCUGCAGGAAAACACGGACGGCGUAAAGACCCCAUACCGAGUGAAUAUCGAUCUUGGACCAGCCAAAGUCGUCUCUAGAAAACAUGCCAUAAUAAAAUAUAAUAUGAACAUAGGCGGUUGGGAAUUACAUGUAUUGGGCCGUAACGGUGCUAAAGUAAAUUUUCAAAGGACUCACAAUGGCCCAAAUAACCCCUCUAUUCGAUUGUCUUCAGGAACUUUACUCGAUAUUGGUGGCACACAAAUGAUGUUCAUCCUGCCCGAUAGUGACCCGGUGAUUGCUCCCACUUGUAUAGAGCAUUUAAUGCCUAACUUGAUAAACAUGUACGGGUUGGAUGGUAACAACAACGCUUUACUAAGAGACAUUAUCAAACAAUCCAACUAUGCUAAGCAAACACAGCUAACUUCUAAUCAACAGAUCAAGGGCUUUAAACUUUACGGAAGCGGUACCAGUGACCCCUUUGGAAAUGGAGCAAACAUGGGUCCCAAUGAGCAAGGCUUUUUCAGCAACAACAACAACAGCAAUAAGGCCAACAACAGCUGCUUUACAUCCGCAAACGAAAGUUAUGCAGACAAGGCAGCCCCAGCCAACACCAUCAAUCAACAAACCGUUUCUCCACAAUGCCCUUCAAAUACCAUUAUUGCCGCAAACUUUGUUGAUUCGUAUAAAUCUGCCAAUGCUUAUCCUCAAGCUCUGGAUUUCACUUCUGAUUUAUCCCACGAUGAGAACAGGAACGUUAAACCACCUCAUUCAUACGCGACCAUGAUUACACAAGCCAUAUUAUCUUCUGCAGAGGGUGUCAUCUCAUUAGCCGACAUCUACAAAUAUAUAUCUUCAAAUUAUGCCUAUUACAGGUUCGCCAAAUCCGGCUGGCAAAACUCCAUUAGACAUAAUCUAUCACUCAAUAAGGCAUUUGAAAAAGUUCCAAGAAGACCUAAUGAACCAGGUAAAGGUAUGAAAUGGAGAAUCAGCGAGUCUUAUCAGCAAGAGUUUUUAAGCAAAUGGAAUACAGGUAAAGUGGGGAAAAUAAGACGUGGAUCUUCGGUGGCAAGACAAUUGCAAUUGCAUAUGGCCAAAUUUAACACGUUACCCAUGGAAAUGGACUAUAGGUUGUCACAACCACCUAAACGACAACUGCAAUCCCACAAUGUUUUAGAAAUAGCCAAUAGUAACAUUAUAGAAGGGUUUGUACCACAUAUACCACCACAGGCAAACCUUCCUCCACCGCAACAAUCUCAACCACCAGCACAGCCACCACAAUCACAACGCCAAGAAAUUCAAUUCACAUUUACAGAUUCACAAAACCGAAAUAUAGCAUUAGCAAGACCUAUCAACACACCGCAACUACAAACCUCCAACUCAAAUUCAAAUCCAAAUUGUAAAUCAAAUCCAAAUGACUUGAACGGGUACAAGGAAUCGCUUCACCCUCCUGUAAUAUCAAUUUCACAAAUGAAUAGACAAUCUCCAAACAAUGCGCUAGUCUCGUUUACUAAUGCAUGCGCUACUUCCAAAAUAAUAAACAGCAAUAGCGAUAGCAAUAACAACCCCCCAGCCAACAAUAGCAACAAUAGAAAAAUAAACUUGCCUGCUAUAUCCACAUCUUCACCUGACGAGAACAGCAAUUUAGAGCCAACAACGACUGCAUCAUCUGGGAACUCUAACCUAGAGCACCCGAGUGUCACGACGACUUCUUCAUUAGCACCAAACAACCUCCACCUUUCUCAGCCUUAUGAUACACUGUUACGGUCUCCCACGAAGGCAUUUCAUAUUACUGCAAUGGAGGCUUAUACACCAGAAAGAGGCAGUGCUAACCGCACGAAAUCACCUCUUCAUAGUAACAACAAUAAUAGUAAUAAUAACAACGGUACAAACCAUUCUAAUUUACAAACUAAUGGAAUGGAGAACAAGCAAAUGGGCCCAGUAUUGGAAUCUAACGUUUUGAAGAAUAUGGAAUCAAACAAUGAUAAUAGGCGGCUGACUCCAUCAACAAGUAAGUCGCAGAAUGUGAAGAGCUCACCAGGUGUUUGGAAUUUGCUGCAAUUUAGCUCUGUGAACAACACACCUGCCACUAAUAGCGGAAGUAAUAAGAAAGGAUCUUCCACAAACCAAGAUACGAAGACCAUUGACAACGAGAAUGCCCUUUCAGAAAAGAGUUCCGACACAAACUCAAAUGAUCUUGAAACAAAGGAUGUUAAUUCUUCACCUUUGAAGAACCAAGGCCGCGGUGCCGCGAAUGCCAAAGAACUGAUAUUAGAUACGGAUGGUGCGAAAAUCAGUAUUAUGAACAACUAA